AUACGCUAUAUCCAUUAUGGAGGUCUCCACGGCUAUGUGAAUAGUUCGUACUCGCAAGAUGACGACGAAAUUACUGUUCCUGAUUCCGACACAUCAAGCAUUUACAUUGUGUCAGAUCACUUCCAGUCUCUAGACAGACGUGAUUUCUCACAAGGACUGCGCCCCGAGCAUGCUGGCCUCGGUAUUGUCCGACCCCCUUCAGAGACGGGUCGCCAGACCCCUUCCCUCCCUCCAACCCCUGUUAGCCCCAGGUCUCCUAUCCUCAACCAUCGGAGCCCCUUUGAAUCCCCGUCGACCUCCCCUGGUCCCUUUCGGAGGUCAACCUCACCUCGCCGUAGUAUGAUGGACGUUGGGUUUGCUUCUGCCGUGGCCAACAUUUGCGAGCAGGCUCAUGAAAUUGCCGAGCAUGAAAGACGUAAACAUAAAGCAACUGUUCGACACGAAGACAGCUCCAGCAUUCCGAAUUCACCACAGCUGAGGAGCAGACCGCGAGUGAAACGGCCCCCGUUGAUUCCCCAACAUCACGUAAUGGGCUCUCCCCUACCUAGCCCACAGCCCCGGAAGCGCUCCGAAAUGUAUAGAUCCACCUCCUUAGAAACCAGGUCACGAUCCCCGUCCCCCAAUCCCACCCCUUCAUCCACUCCAAUGAACGAGUACUACGGUGGAUCAAAUCUGACGGACCGGUCACGAAGCCCUAGCCCAGUGGCCAGUCCGGUUAAUACUCCACCAAAGAGAUCAACCAGGAAGCUACCAAUGCCUCCCGUUCAAGUAACUAAGCCUUCUUCGCUGAACCUUGCUCAACCUAAGCUCAAAGAGAAUAUGCCGCGUGUAAUGCCUUCUCCAACGGUUCCCCAGCCAUCCAAAAGUCCGGGGAGCAUUAACUUUCCGCGACUUAAUACCUCGCCAACACAUAAACCUAAACUGAACAUUGCACCCGUGCCACAAAAUGUUCCUCCGCCAGGUAAAUUAGGCCGCCCUGAGCCGUAUAGUCCAACUGAGAGAAACAAUUUAAAUAAAAUCAGUGAUCCGCGCGAUAGACCCGGUCAAACUAGGUCACUCCCGGGAAACUAUAGUAGAAGACCAAAUGUGCCACCUAGUGAUCAAAUGAAUAAUUCUUCAAGACAUUCCCCGGAUUUAAAUCGUGCGCGAAAUCACGAAAGAACUAGACACCAUGCACAUAGGAAUAUUGACGAAUCAAAUAUAGGACACACGCCUAGUAGGAGUUUUGACGAAUCAAAUAGGCUGGUGGGUGGGGGUUCAGUGACAAGGGGGCGUGGCGAUAGGUCGCAUGGGCGGUCGCAAGAAAAUCUUCAUAUGAACCCCAUGCAUCCUGAAAAUGGAGGCCACGGCCCUAGAUCACCGCGCAACUCCGUUGAUGUUCCAAACGGUUACAACAAGCGGAGGAGGAGGUCGGAGAAGAUGGAGUUACGCAGUGAUAGCAAUGCGCCAUUGACAAAUAAUGACUCGGACGAGGACGAUGAUGACUGGUGUUAAUGUAUGCUUUAAUGUUUUGCUAAUACAUAGUCUUCAAUCAGUAUUUUGUUUACAUAUAUUGACAAUAAUGUAGUUCAGUCGACGUUUACAUUUAAUAAUUAGAGUGUAUAUAGUGUUUAUUUCAAUGAUUACGGAUCUAAGUUAGGAUUAACAUAACUCUUAUUACUCUGUCAUUAAAUAACUACACUGUGAUUAAGUGAGAUCGAUUCCUAUUUAUACUUAUAUAUGUAUGUGUAUGCUAAAGCAAAUAUGUGUUUUAUCUAAUUACCCUAACCAGUACAUAUAAGCUGGAAAAUAUGUUCAGAAAUCAGAAUAUACCAGUUCCUUUGCCUUCCAAAAUUUCGUGAGGCUGGUCUUACUGGUUUUACAAUAGUUUGUGGUAUUUGUUUAAACUAAAAAUAGAGACUAUGUAAUUGCGGCUUCUAGUUUAAUUCUCUUCAAAUGACUCUGAAAGCUUAUUAAAAUGUGCAAUAUCGAAGAAUAUAUAAACAAACAUGUGUACUGUUACUAGUAAGCCGAUGUGUGGUAUAAAUGAACAUUGCAGCAAAUCUAAAAUAAAACAAAUGACACUUUCACACUGCAUUUCAAAAGUGUAACAAACCAGUACUACCAUUGUUCAUGUUUUGUACAAUAUUAGAUUAUAUACAGCUCUGUUAUUUUAUUCGUUAAAAUUUGGUUAACUGUUCUGUACAUUUGCAGUUUAUUAUUAUUGAUUGUUGCUGUUAAUUGUUUUACUUCAUUAUUAUAACUGUAGAAUAUGUUUUAUCGUAUGGUAGAAGACAAUUCCUUAGAUUUAGAUUCACAAAAAAACUAUUCCAGUCUCAUGAUGCUCAAUACAAAAUUGACUGUUAUGUAAACUGUGUACAUGUAUACGUUAUGGCAAAAAAGGUAAUAAAGAGUACGGACGCUACUAGUACAGGCAAGCGCCAACUAAUGUCUGAAUUGUACGUCAUCAAGGUUUGUGUGUUAUGAACGCACUUCGCAAAAACUACUUUCUAAAUGGUAUGUCAUCAAGGUAUGUGUGUUAUGAACGCACAUAUAAACAUGCACGCGCCAACUACUUUCUGAAUGCUACAUCAUCAAUGUAUGUGUGUUAUAAACUCUGUCCAGGUGAAUGGUAAUGAGAUCCUCGUUCACGUUGAAUGGUAAUAAUAUUCAUAAAAUCAUGAGAAAACGGUUAACAAAAAGCUGGUAAAACUAUCACUUUCUUGAGUAGCGACAAGAACAAGUAAUGUAACAAAACCUUUCUACUGCCAUCAAGGGUACCUGUGAGUUUGAUGAUCAAAGAUACCCAUUGCUCUAUCGGAGUAAUGGCCCUUCCCUUUCAUGUUAAUUAUUCCAAAAUGUUUUUGAACACUUUAUUGCUGAUCCAUUUACGCACGUCUUUAAAUCCAUAAUCUGAAACUGUUGCCCUUUCUCGGUAUUUUCAAAGUAUAAGCUGUGCGUUGUAUAAUUUGUACUUUAGCAAUACUCGGUAAGUCUUUACUAUUGUUCAUUUGCAUUUCACAUGUAUUAACUUAGGAAUCUACCAAGAGGUUGUGUAUGUACAUUCCUUGCAAUUAUUCUAUUUCAAUGGAUUAAAUGAACUACAUGUAUAACAGUUUUGGUGAACUAUUAGUUUCAUACAUUGACAGAAGUUUAAAUUCUUAGCCAGACUUUAUCAAGGCAUUAUAACUGGUGAUAUGACAAAGGGUUUCAUGUCUGUAAUAAGUAUUUUCGUCAUUAUUUUACUGCUGUUUAAAAAAUACUAAAUAAUUGGUCCUUUUUGUUACGAAAAAACAAUAUCAUUGGUGUAUAUAAACAUGUUAUUUAUGUGUGUGAUUUUCUACAAGAUAUUUAAGUGUUUCACUUCAUGUAAGAGAUGAUAUCCCAACAUAUGUUGUAUUUUUCUUUUAAGUUCAUUGGUAACUCUAAAUAUAGCGAACAUGCUAGUGUAUAUAUUUGAAGUAUUUUCAAAUUUCAGCUCUGUAAAAUUUGUACUAAUGUGUGUGCUUUGAUAUCACGAAUGUGGAAUUUGUGAUCGAAUGUAUGAGUUUUAUGCAUAUAUAUCUUUAUGUACAAAAGAGCGAAUUUGAAGGAACCAUGCAUUUUCCAUUUCAGUCAACUAAUAUGUUGUGUUUUACAUUUAUAUUCUAUCGGGAUCACAUAAUUGUAUGUGUUUAUUAGAACGACUUUUCAUGUGACAGAAAUACAAAAUUUCAAUAAAAAAUAGCGUUUGAACUCAUAUAACUAUUCAUACAUUUCCAAUACAAAUAAGUAUAUUUUCAAACAUCUACUAGCAUUUUCAAAAGAAAGAAUUGUUUCAUUCGACUCGCGUUUUCAAACAUAAGUCUGCAUUUUUAAAAGAACAUAGUUACAUUUUCGAUAAAAAAAACAUUUGUAUUUUCAAACCAAAUAGUGAUGCUGUUGUUUUUUUUCACUAAAAACUAAUGGCAUUUUCAAAGAAAACUAUAACUCUUUAUUUAAAAGUGUGUUUGUGUAACAUAUUUUCCUUGUCAAUAAGGACUUACUUAAUUUUCCUUGAUAAGUCGUUUUAAUAAACAUAUACAUAAUAACAUUGGCACAAGAUUUUUACAUAGUAUCGUGUGUAAGUGAAUAAUAUCACUAUGUAAGUCCUGAACACGUAUUGGAGUGUUACCUAUUAUUUGACAGUGUUAAAUGCGUUAUAAUUGUUUAUGUGUACAAUGACAAAGCUCCAUAUAAUGUUCACAUAUUGGCUGUUAUGUACUAUAAUCAAUUGUAAAGGGUCAAUAUGAAUCAAAAAUAAUAUAAUAGGUCAGUUCUCCAAUAUGAGUUAACAUAUUAACUGUGAUUUUGUUAUUCUAUUUUAAUUGUCAUUCAUUUUUACGCUAAUUAUAUAUACUUAUUUCAUUUUUAUCAAAAUAUUUAUAAAUUUGCUUCAAUGAUCAAUAA